AUGGCGGCCGGCCCGGACCGGCGCCGCCGACUAGCUAGGCGCGGUCGCAUGAAUAAAUGUAACAGAGCGGCCGCCGUCGCCGGAGAACAGGUUGAGGCGCUCCGCGGGCGGCGGGGGCGGCGGUCCGGAGCUCAGCACGUGCCGGACCGGGAGAAAAAGAAAAGGGCUGAGCGCCUUCCGACUGAGCACCUGCCCUGCACAGCUCCAGGAAGCGCCGGCCGGUCCGGCCCCGACGGGCGCCCGCGGCUGCUAACACCGGCGCCCGGCGUCUCGGAGAGGAAGGACGCCUCGUCCCGCUGGGAGAGCGCGGUUAUUGGCCGGGGCGGGGUGGGGGCGGUGUGGGCCGGCACCGCCCACGCAGCAAUAACGAGCGCCGUAAAAAACCGCCGCAGUCUGCCCCGCCAGCCGUCGGCCAGACGCAGCACCGUACCAGGUACAAAUACUGUGGUUGGCCGUAAUUCGCCGCCGCAGGUGACGUCGCCCCCUGGGCCGUCCUCUGGCGGUGAUGCGGUGCCGGGUGUCCCACCCCCUGGAGCAGCAGCAGCAGCGCAGCAGCGAGAGCUACUGCAGGUGCCGCGCACGUAG